CUCAACCAACCGCAGGGCAAGUACACACACGAGUGUGACAGCUCUCGCUGAUCCGGAGGGUCCGCCUACGCUUGUGUGUAGCACGAGGGAGCUCAGCUGCCAAGAAACAACUCGUGGAUCAGGAAGGACCGACGCCAUGUCGAGAUCGCAGCGGCACGCGAAUGGAGGAGGGAAGGGCAACGCGGAUGUUGCCAAGUACCGCGAUGCUUGCCCGGCAAGCCGCUCCGACUCUGAGAUUGUGGAGCUGGUGAAAAAGAUGGGAGGUGACCAGGCCAAGAUCCAGAGCGCUCUUGAGGACUGGUGGCAAAAUGACCAAGGUGAGUGGGCCACCGCCACGACGAAGAAGAAGAAGCAGACCGCUCCUCAGCAGCACCACCACCACCCUCGUGGCGGCGGCGGUGGCUACGCCAACGGGCGGGGUGUGGACGAUCGAAGGGGCGGGCGCGGAGGCAUGGCGGACAAGAUGCGGGGGCUCCGCCUCGACGGUGACCGCGGCGGCUACCGCGGAGGAGGCGGCGGCGGCGGGCGGGGUAGGGGACGCAGCGCCCCCCCGGCCGGCGGCCGUGGUGGCGGCGGUGGCCGCGGGAGCGGCGGAUCUCACCUCUCAGGCGGCUGGGGCGGCGCCUCUGCUCCCAGCGGCGGCGGAGGCGGCGGCGGCGGUGGGGCUUGGAACGGCAGCAGCAGGUCAAGUUCAAUCCCUCCUCAGGUCGCCAAUUCGUCGACGGAGUCUAGCGGUGGCUGGGCAGUGUCGGCAAAGGCACCGGCGGCCGGAAGCGCGUGGACCGGCGACGGUCCCACCGCAGUAACUGAAGCCGCCGCCGCAGAUGCAGGCACCGAUUCGUCCUCCCCCGCUGCCGCGGUGACGGCCGCGUCCGGAGGUGGAGGGUGGGCAGCAGCCGUAGGAGGCAGCGCGCCGACGUCAUCGCCGGGACCCUCUGCUACCGCCGCGGCGGCAUCGGGCAGCGCCUCCGGAUGGAGCGGCGGGAGCGGAGCCGCUGAUGCUGCUGGGUCUUCGUCUUCUUCCCAGGCGCCGAUGGCGCAUAACGGUUGGUCGAGCAGCGCGCACGACCCCGUGGCUCCGGGACCGGUGGGCAGCGGAAGCGGCUCACUCGGAGGAGCAACAGCAGGCGGCGCGGCGGCGGGCGCCCCUCAGCCACCGCCGCCAAAGGAGGAAGACGCGACUGCCUGGGCGCAGUCGAACCUGCCAGCGACCUCGGCGUGGAGCCGCGGCGCGGCCACGAUCAUCAACCCCAAGCCGAAGCCGGUGCCCGUGGCGCCGGCGCCUGCGGCGCCUACGGCACCGCCGGCGCCCGCCGCGCCCGCCGCUCAGCCCGCCGCCCAGCCCGCACCCGCACCCACCGCCGCCGCCCACCCCACCCUUCCGGUAGUGGCAUCGCCCGGAAGGGAAGCGGUAGCGGCGACGCCGCCGCAGACCCCCCGACCGCAGGGCUCCAUGCCUUCGGUGGCGGAAACGGCGGCGGCGGUGGCUUCGCCCGCGAUUGGGUCCCCCGCGGUGGCGGUUAGCUCGCCGUCGCCGGUGGCGCGUCCGGCGGUGUCGGCGGCCGCUGUCGCUGUCACCCCGCCGGUGCAGGUGGCGAGCGACUCGGCGGCGGUGGCGGCCGCUGCUGCGGUGGCGGCAGCGCCAUCGCCUGUAACGGCGGCUGCAGUGACCCCGGCGACUGCUCCUGGUUCUCAGCUCCACCUUCAGAAGGCGCAGGCACAGGAGGCUUCGGCCGUGUCUAAGCCUACAACAGCCACGGGCGCCUCUGCCCCCGGGGAGGGCCUGAAGAUGGGCAAGUGGGGAUUGAGCGACACGAUCGCCAACGAUGAGUCGUUCUUGAGCUUCGGCCAGCUGUCGUUCGGCGUACCGGACGUUGGGGGUCCGGAAAGCCAGUCCCAGCAAACAUCCACGUCAGUCGGGACGAGCGCUGGAAACGGGUGGGGUGCGACGUCGGGGUCGGCUAUGGGUUGGGGAACCAAGGACACGGCGACAUCCCCCGUGGAGACUCCGGGUACCAAGCCACCGGGCUUCUCGUCUACGGUAACGGCGUCGCCGUCGGUGCCGGUAGGCGCGGGGCCACCCCCGGGGCUCCCUCCCCUAGGCAACGUGAAGCAGGUGCAUGAGCUGGAGGCAGAGAUGGACAGCCUUAACAACAAGCCGCACUCGCAGUUCUCACAGGUGUCGAAGGCUCAGAGCAAGCUUCCGGCUGCGCAGCAGCCGCAGGUGCAGCCGCAGCAGUCGCAGCAGCAGCAGCAGCAGCAGCCAGUUCAACAGGUGCCUUCGCCAGCGUCGUCGUCGUCUUUGACCCACCAGGGUGGGCACAGCCAACAACACGGGCAACAGCAGCACCAGCACCAGCACCAGCACCAGCAGCACCAGCACCAGCACCAGCAGCACGUGCCCUCGUCGUCGCCGUCUUCCGUGUCGACGACGCCCCCGGUGCAGCACCAGCAGCACCAGCAGCACCAGCAGCACCAGCCGCAGCAUCAGCAGGCACACAGCCAGCAACAGCCGCAGCACCAACACCAGCAACAGCACCAGCAACACCAGUCGCAGCAGGCGCACAGCCAGCAGCAGCACCAGCGGCCGGCGAGGCAGCAAGGAGGCCGAGGUGGCUACAACAGCAAGCCGCAGUACUCGAACAGCGGAUCUCUCCCUCAGCAGGGAGGAAACAGCAACAGCGGCAGCAACUUCUACGGCAGCAGCAACAGCAGCUCGGGGCUGUCGAGCUCCGCCAAGCCCGCGCCGGGCGGGGUCUAUUCCGCGCCGACGCCGACCUCCACCCACAGCGGUGCCGGCAGCGGCAGCGGCCACGGCAGCACCUCCCACGGGUCGCCGGGGUCGACAUCGACGGCGGCCUCCAAGACUCUGUACGGCGGCGGCGGCGGGGGGCAGCAGACUGGCAGCGGCGGCGGCGGCGGCGGGAGUUCUAGCGGCGGCGUUUCGGGGAGCGGGGGACCGGGCGGUAUGGGAGGGAUGCAGCAAGGGCAGCAGGCACCUCAGCAGGCGCCACCCCCGCAGCAGCAGCAGGGAUACGCGCCCACACCGCCCGGGAUGCCGGCACAAGUGGGGUACCAGUACACCCCUUCCGGCCAGGCCUACGGCAGCAUUUACUACGGCCAGCAGGGGCCGGUCCAGUCCAACCCCUACCAGUACGGGUACCCGCCACACCAGUACCCGCCGAGCGCAAGCCAGUACCAGCAGGGGGGCGGCGGACAGCGCUUCCCGAACAUGCCUCGCGGGUACCCGGCUACCGAGUACGGGAGCCAGGGCGGGAUGGGGAUGGGCUACGGCCAGAUGGACUACUCGGCAAGCAGCCAGUACGGUGUCCCGCCAAACGGGAACGGGUACAUGAGCGAAGUGGGCAAGGAGCAGUACGGCGACUUCGGCCAGGACCAGUUCGGCAUGCCCCAGCAGAUGUCCGGCCAGGGUGGCGGCGGCGGCGGCGGGAGCGGCGGCACCUCAGGCGGCACAGGCGGCGCCGGCAGCGGCGGCGGAGGCGGUGGGUCGGUCGCCUCCGGUUCGAGCGGCCUGGGCGCCCCAAGCUUGUCGGCGGUAUCUACGACGGCCGUCUCCGGCGGCGGCAGUGUUGGCGGCAGCGUCUCUGACAAGGUUUCCUCGGGCUCGCAGCUUUCGGGCGGUGCCAGCGGCGGCGGCAGUGCGGGAAGUGGCAGCGGAACCGGCGGCGGCGUGAACAGCCACUACGGCGGCGGCGGUGGGCACAACAGCCAGGGCAGUCGCCAGGCGCAGGGCAUGUACGGCGGCGGGCAGGGCAGCGUUCCCCAGCAGGGGGACAGCCAAGGCGGUCACGGAUGGCAGGGGCAAGGCUCCGCCUACCCGGGCCACCACACGUCGAACGCCGGAGGGUGGGGAGGGGGGGCGGGGAUGAUGCCCCCAGGCGGCCCCCAGCACCACUACCAGCAGAGCCCCCCCCCGCCCGGCGGAAGCAUGCAGUCUCAGCAGUACGGCUACGGCAGCACCGGUAACGGCGGCGACUCCUGGGGCAACGGCCGCUAAGAUACGAUCGGCCUUUCCUCUGGUUCCUAUCGUCUCUCUCCGUUUUGGCCCUCCGGUUCGGGUGGGGGUUGCAAACGGGGGCGGGGGGGUGGGGGGUUCGUGUGACUCUGACUUGACUGCUGGGGUCGCUCUUAUUUCCGGAACAUGCGGCUAGUCGUGGUGUUCUGUGUGUGGAAGGGGGCGCCGCGGGUGGAUCCCGCAGGAGGAGGGCGGUGUCCUCCCGGCCUUCCGAUGGACUGGCGGUAGUUUCAACCGACUCGACUCUCCCUGGCUGUUUUUCUUCUGUGUUUUGGUGUGAAUCUUCUCCAUCGUUUUGGUUCUGUUCUGUUCUGUUCUGUCGGUGGGUAUAGGCUGUUUGUUGGUCACGGCUCGGUCCGGUCCGGUCCGGUUCGGUUCGGUUCACGUUUGGUUUCUUUUCGUGGUAUGGUUUGAUUCGGGGGUAUCUCGGGGAGUAUUUCGGUCUGUUGUGGCGUUUGGGUUUCCCUUCGUUGGUUGAGAGGUUCCGUCUAAUCUUGGACUCUCUCUCGCUGCUUUUCCUUGCUGUCUCUUCUUUUCAUUUGACCGCUCUCUGUUUUUUGUCUUGCGCCUAAACCUCGAAGCGUGACAGGAGGUACACACGGGGGUUGAGGGCAGGGCGACAAGAGGAAGAUGAAACACGGCAAAUUAGUGAAGAGUUGGAAGACCUGUUUUUUUUUCGAGUGCACAUGUUUUUUUUUUAUUGCCAAGGACAGGGGUGGUUGUUCGGCUGUUGUUACCCGACCUCCCUCUUUUUCGCCGAGUUUGUCGUGAACUGCUAGGCAAGAGGUGUAAAGAGAGAGAGAGAGAGAGAGUAGCGGGUAGCUCUUAACGAUGCAGGAUCGAAAGUGUGUGGAGGGGGGGAUAUAGUUGGACGUGUGUUCAGGCGCGACGUGGGGCUCCGGAAAUUUAGAGGGAAGGCCCUACACCGCCUGCCUCCGCGUCUUCAGAAGAAUGUGCGCUCGUGAUGCUGCAUUUUCAAUAACAUCGCGGAGGAAUGAUAUAUAAAACACCGCCAUCCCGUAGAUGGCUGUAACAGCAGGGAACGUGGCGUUCUCGACCUUGAAGAAAGAAAAGGCAGUGUGUGUGGGCGGCGAGAGGCUCAUGUCUGCUUCCUUUCCCCAACGAUGGCGAUGGGCGGUGCUAAUAGGGUAGUAAGUAAUUCUGGCACGCGAACGCUGUCUGUACCAUGAACUAGCUGUGAACUGUUGCCGUCAUGUCUUCUUGUGUUUGAAGGUGAGGCCACGGGUCUUCAAACUCCCUGCUCUGGUGACGUCAUAUUUGCGUAGGACGGGAGGAAGAGAGAGAAAAAACGAGAUGCCUGUGGACAAGCGAUAGAUGUAUCGGUGUGGAUCAUCAGGGAAGAAGAGGAACGAUUUUUCGUUCGGCCCGUUGCCGUCAAAUAGUCUGUUUCCAACACAACAAAACUUCGGGUACACAACACAAAAAUCGGUGGUCGGGGGGGGGCUCGCUCCCAGCAGCAGAAGCAGCAAAUACAAGGUUGGGUGUCCGUACCUGGAGGUACUACAUCUAAAAGGUGUGGGAGUUCGCUCCUAUCCAUUUCUGCUACAGUGAUCUUGGGUCGUUACCUCAACGAAUAACGUCAGGCAUCUCUCUGCGAGGUUGAAUAACAUGAACGUGAAGGGUCGGCCCCCUCGCGAUUGGGUGUCGUUGGCGUGUGCUCUUUCUUACGAGUCUCUCGGCGGGGAGGUGGCGCUUGCUCGUUCGUUCUGCGGCGACCCCGCCGGGUAGAGGACUAGUAGUAGAGGGG